CUUUCCUUAUUUUUACGUCACAUAUCUCCGGACCAGUCAAUGCUCCGGACGCACAUUACAAGCCCGAUCGCAACCGUACACGGAAAGGCAACAUCGUCACAUACCGGAAAAAAAUAAUGGAAAGCACAUCACACAGUCACUCCGGUGUUGUUCGUAAAAGUGCGGAAGACUGCGCCAUUUGCUUGGACAAAAUCCAAGCGAAGAAAACGCUAAAGUGCCGCCACUCUUUUUGCUCUGAGUGUAUAGACUCGGUUUUCAAGUUGAAGCCCGCUUGUCCGAUAUGUAACACCUACCACGGAGAGUACACAGGCACCCAGCCGCCGGGCACGAUGGCGGUGUCGCGCAGCUGGCAGCGCCUCCCUGGCUUUGAGCACUGCGGAUGUCUCGUCAUACAGUACAGUUUCCCUUCAGGGAUACAAGGGCCUGAGCACCCAAACCCUGGGGUGAGAUACAGCGGCACCUCUCGUACUGCCUUCCUGCCAGACUGCAAGGAGGGUGAGAAAGUCCUGAAGCUGCUGAGGAAAGCCUUCGACAGGAGGCUCAUUUUCACCAUCGGACGAUCUGUCACCACAGGUCUCAACAACGUCAUCACCUGGAACGACAUUCACCACAAGACCAACAUAGAAGGUGGUCCACAAUGUUUUGGAUAUCCAGAUCCAGAAUAUUUGUUUAGGGUUCAAGAGGAGCUCCGUCUAAAAGGAGUGACAGAGGAUCCCUGAUGGAUGAAGACAAUUAGAAGACAUCCUUUGAAAAAAAAUUAAUACUGUGUAUUGUUGCAAAGUUUCUGAUUUUAAUCUGCACUUUUUGCAGUCCUCAAGCAGGGAGCUUAAUCAUUGACACUUUAAGAUGAUUUUUUUCUUUGAAAGGGAUACACAGAGUUCGUUAUUAUGUUGCGACAUGGAGGUUACUGGCUUUUGCCCAAAGAUUGUUCAACUGACUAUGCAAAAAAGAUACUUUAAACACACAUCACAAAAAAACUACAGUAGAUUGGUAAAAAAGGGGCUAUACCACUGAUCAUUAGAUUGAAAUAAUAUCUCAUCUUUUGUAACUCUGAAUCACAGAUCUGGUGCCUAAAACCAGACAUAUGAGAUAGAACAGGAGGUAAAAGCAGUCUUCACUUAAUCAGGCAAACAAAUCCUGAGUACUAAAGAGACCAGAACAGUGUACAGGCUGGAAAAGCCUAUACAUCUAACCAAGAGCAACUGCUAGCUGUGUUCUAUAUAGGCAUAUUAUAUAUAUAUAUAUAUAUAUAUAUAUAUAGAAUAAUAAUGUAUUGAUCCCACAACCUUUCACAACUCUGAAAUAUUUAAAUGCUGGCUGAAUGGGUCCACCAACAUUACAUGUUGUAUAUUACGCAGGAAUAAGCCUGUUUCACAGUACCUAAUGUUGGGUGACUGCUUUGACAUUGUUCAGUAUAAUAAAUUCAGGUUCUGUCCAUACGUUCAACUAGUGAGGUAUUCAACUGUAUGUGGCAUUGCCAUAGGUAGUGUAUUAUGUUUAAAGGUUGAGUCUGGUGAUAUUCUUUUUUUUCUCUUCAUGUCCACAAAUCCUGUGAAAAGAUCAAAAACAACAGUGAAUACUAGCAAGUAUUGCCGCUGUAGUCAAAGUUUUCAUAAGAUGUAGCUUAUUCCUCUGAGCCACAGACCAACAUUGUUGUUGAAAAACUAAUAAGAACAUCAAUGGGUGACAUGUUCUUUCAUUACAGUGAACAUGGACACUAGUUCAUUUCAAGUUGACCCCAUAUACAAAGUCCUGCUGCUGUUAACAUUCACUAAUGCACCAGAUCUGUGGCUGAAAAUAGCCCCAAACAAAUGCACCAACUCCUGUUGGAAAAUGUUUGUUAUUUUAUACAUUGUUAAAGAUUUACAUCUUCAGUAUGAAUGAAUAUGCUCAGGGAUGACAGAUGAACUCCCGCAUUGUUGGUUUUGAUCCACUCAUGGGAUAUAUAUACACAUAAUAACCAGUCUCAUUCUAUAGCACAAUUGAUACAAUUUUAAUUCAUUUUGUGCCUUUACAUGAGUCAGUCAUUGUACUGUAUUAAAGGAAGUGUCGAACAAAA